AAGGGUAGAGGUAGAAUUUUUGAGGGUCAACGAAAAAUAGAGCUGCGGGCACCGAGUCAUCCGCAGCGGCGAACAAGGGUUAUAAUAAAAAGCAGAUUAUAAACGGAAACCAAACUCGAACACACUGAAGCAAGCGGCUGUCCGAUUAGGGGUUAUUUCGCUCUUUGUUUCUGUGUAUGGGGAGGAUGGGGAACGGCCGGAAAAGCUACUCCGCUAAUCCCAAUGAUUACCAGCUCCUUGAGGAGGUCGGGCAUGGCGCCAGCGCUACCGUUUAUAGGACGAUCUAUAUCCCUUCCAACGAACUUGUUGCCGUUAAGUGUCUGGAUCUCGAUCGUUGCAACAGCAAUCUGGAAGACAUACGAAAGGAGGCUCAAACUAUGUUUUUAAUAGAUCAUCCGAAUGUAAUAAAGGCAUACUGUUCUUUUGUUGUUGAACGAAAUCUCUGGGUGGUUAUGCCAUUCAUGGCAGAGGGUUCUUGCCUGCACCUUAUGAAGGUAGCAUAUUCUGAUGGAUUUGAAGAGUCUGUAAUUGCUUCUAUCCUUAAAGAAACCCUCAAGGCUUUGGAGUACCUCCAUCGACAUGGACAUAUCCAUCGUGAUGUCAAGGCUGGAAAUAUUCUCCUUGAUGGUAAUGGUGUGGUGAAACUUGGUGAUUUUGGAGUUUCAGCGUGCAUGUUUGACAAGGGUGACAGGCAGCGUUCAAGAAAUACUUUUGUAGGGACACCAUGCUGGAUGGCUCCCGAGGUUUUGCAGCCAGGAAGUGGAUAUGAUUUCAAAGCUGACAUAUGGUCAUUUGGAAUAACAGCCUUGGAGUUGGCUCAUGGUCAUGCUCCCUUUUCAAAGUACCCUCCUAUGAAGGUUCUCCUGAUGACCAUCCAGAAUGCUCCUCCUGGACUUGAUUACGACCGAGACAAAAAGUUUUCCAAGUCCUUUAAAGAAAUGGUUGCCAUGUGCCUGGUGAAAGACCAAACAAGAAGGCCAACAGCAGAAAAGUUAUUGAAACACUCCUUUUUCAAGAAUGCUAAGCCUCCAGAGCUUUCUGUUAAGAGCCUCUUAACUGGCUUGCCACCACUUUGGGAACGUGUAAAAACCCUCCAGCUUAAGGAUGCUGCACAACUAGCUCUCAAGAAAAUGCCUUCAGCAGAGCAAGAAGCACUGUCACAGAGUGAGUACAAACGAGGUGUUAGCGCAUGGAACUUUGAUAUUGAGGAUUUGAAAGCGCAGGCAUCACUGGUUCAAGAUGACGAUGAAGUUCUAGGAAUGAAGGAAGAAGAUGAUGAAAGCAUGAGAUCAUUUGUCAAUAAUAAGGAUGCAUCUGCUUCCAGUUCUGGUAUGGGGAAAUCAAUUUCUACAACUGAUAUUGAUGGCCGAGAAAGUAUACAGGGUGCUGAAUUAUCACAGGCGGAGGCCUCAAAGGCAAAUGGAGAAGCUUCACAAAGUGAUAGAAUUGAUCCUGUAUUGGAGGAAAACACUGAAGGAUGUGAAAAAGAUGGAUUAGGCAAUGAGCCAAUAUCAUCCACCUCAGAAAGGAACAUUCCUCAAGCCCAUUCUAAGAGUCAAAUGGGCAGCCUCCGCCAAUCUCAAAGUGGGCCGCUCCUGGCUGCAGCUGUGUUUAAUCAAUCAGAAAGGGGGCGUCCUAAUGAAAGGUUUGACAAUGAGAAUCAAUUAGCAAAUGAGAAAGGAAAACGUGAAGUAAGGAAGGCACCUAGUUUUAGUGGUCCACUGAUGCUACCAAAUCGUGCGUCUGCGAACAGCUUCUCAGCUCCCAUAAGAUCUUCAGGAUUCAGAGAUUCUGUAGAUGAGAAGACAAAGGCCAAUGUGGUACAAAUAAAAGGCCGGUUCUCUGUAACAUCUGAAACUGUGGACCUUGUAAAGGAUAUUCCAUUGUGUACAGUUUCACGAAGAUCCUCCACACAGGAAUCACUUCUAAAGAAGUCUGCUAGUGUUGGUGAUUGGUUAAUUGACUCUAAACUUAUGCCACCCAAGGAAGUAAGCAACAGUCAACCACCCAAAGAAGUGAGCAACAGUGUAGUACCUGCAUCAAUUCUCAUGCCUCAACUCCAAAACCUUUUUCAACAGACCACGUUCCAACAAGGUAUAAUUGUGAAUAUGUUGAAUAGCUUUCAACAAACUGAAGCAAUAGAUGCUUUUCAAACCGGAAAGUUUCCACAGCAACCUCGAAAUUCAGAGAUUGAUGCAAGUGUUGAAACAGCUGCUUCUGAAAGGGAGCGAUUAUUGCUUGGGAAAAUUUCAGAGCUUGAAGCUAGGAUGAUAAAUCUAACUGAUGAACUAGUCGAGGCAAGGUCGAAACACCUGCAGUUGCAGCAGCAGCUAAAUGUUGCAUAUAGUCAAGAAGAAAGGAGCACAGUGGAGGAAAGGGACAGUUUAAAAAUGGGAAAACCAGAACCAUAAAAAGAGAGUUCCAUGUAUUCAGCACUUGAAGUGAGAAGCAGAGGCAGGUACCAUAGUUUUUUCUAUUUCCAGGAAUUUUGUGUGGAUGAUCACAGCCUUUGUAGAUGACAAAUAGUAAGAAUAAGAGCUUCCGGUAUUUGUGCAUUGCUUUUGAUUCAUCUCUCGAUGGAGUGGAAGUGAGGUUUUCCAUGACCAUGAGCCAUGUCUUGAUUUAUUCAGUGGAAGAUUAUUUGUGAAGAAGUCCCAGAUGAGAAGUGCUGGUGUUGUGAUAGUUGUGGUGUGGAUGAUGCUGUACCCUAAUAGUCCAUAUUUGGUUAUAUCUCAAAAUUGAAGGUGUAACUAGUGUAUAUGUCAUUGGAUGUCCUUUUAUACGGAUAUAAGAAAAAGCCCAUUAUAGAAGUUGUCACAAUUACCUUUUGUUCCA